AUGAGUGACUCCACCAACAGCGUCUCUCCUUCCUCUGAUUACGCCUCCAUCUCCUCCGGCGACCAGUCUCUUCAGAGGAGUCGAAGGAGUGGAGAAGCAAACCGAGCCAUUGUACGUGAGUCUCGACACUGGCACGAUCUCUUCUGGUCAGCCAUCUUUGUGAUCCACCUGAUAUGCUUAGGCUUCGUCCUCGCAGUGCUUGGACUCAACAGGUUUAGAAUCUCAGAUAGGUUAAACAUCGAUAGAUACACUCAAGGCUUCUUGGAGAAUCACAAAGGCCUAACCGAAGACUACUGGCCACUCUACGCUGUAGCCGGCGCCAUUGGAGUCUUUAUCAGUUGGGUUUGGUCGUUACUUCUCGGCUCUUACGCCAAUGAGAUGAUGAAAGUCUCGGUACACAUCUUAACCACCUACUUGGCUGUGGUUAGCGUGCUGUGUUUCUGGUGUAGACAGUUCUUUUGGGGAGGGGCCUUCGCUAUUGGAGCUUUGUUGCAGUUCUUGUAUGUUAUUUCAGUUAUAGACAGGCUUCCUUUUACGAUGCUGGUUCUGAGGAAAGCGUUGAAGUUAGUUUGGGGACUUCCUAAGGUUAUAAUGGUGGCGCAUGCUUUUACUGUCUUCAUGCUUUUGUGGAUGUCUUUGUGGUCUUUUGGAGCAUCUGGUGUUGUGGCUUCGAGUAUGGGCGAUGAAGGACGUUGGUGGCUUCUUGUGGUGAGCUGGUUUUUUCGGUUAGCUUGUUCUGGACAGGCGCUGUGUUGUGUAAUACUGUACAUGUUAUAG